GCCUCAGCGCAGCAGUCCCUCUCCGUCCCAGCAGCCUCUCGGCGCAACGCACUCUCUGUCCCAGCCUCCCCCGCGCGCAGCUCUGGUUCGCCGGUGCCGCGGGAAUAUUUUUUUGCGGCCUCGUUGGUCCGCGUGAAUCCGUCGGGUUGUGAGCCCAUCCCGCCCGCAGCCAUGACGGUGGGUAAGAGCAGUAAGAUGCUUCAGCAUAUUGACUACAGAAUGCGGUGCAUCCUUCAGGACGGACGCAUCUUUAUCGGAACCUUCAAAGCAUUCGACAAACACAUGAACCUUAUCCUGUGUGACUGCGAUGAGUUCAGGAAGAUCAAGCCAAAGAAUUCCAAACAACCUGAACGGGAGGAGAAGCGUGUUCUUGGGCUGGUGUUACUUCGAGGGGAAACCCUCGUUUCCAUGACAGUGGAAGGACCUCCUCCAAAAGAUACUGGUAUUGCUCGCGUGCCUCUGGCUGGCGCAGCCGGAGGUCCCGGCAUUGGCCGUGCAGCGGGCAGAGGGGUACCUGCUGGGGCACCAAUGCCACAGGCACCAGCCGGGUUGGCAGGGCCUAUCCGAGGGGUGGGAGGACCAUCGCAGCAGGUGAUGACACCACAAGGCCGCGGCACAGUUGCAGCAGCUGCAGCUACGUCCAGCAUCGCAGCAGCACCACAGCAGUACCCAAGCCGAGGAGGACCCCCACCAAUGGGACGAGGAGCCCCCCCACCAGGUAUGAUGGGACCCCCUCCUGGUAUGAGACCACCAAUGGGACCACCAAUGGGGAUGCCUCCUGGUCGAGGGGCACCAAUGGGAAUGCCUCUAGGAAUGAGGCCACCUCCACCAGGAAUGAGAGCUUCCCUCUUAGGUCCCCUUCCACCUGGCAUGCGCCCACCGCGACCGUGAGAAUAAGCAAGCGAGCUAUCUGGACUGGAUACACCUGAUGUCCACGGGUGUAGCUAUAUUGAUGGGGUCGAAUCCAACUUUCUGAAUCGUGCUGUUGUGUGAUGGCUGGAGCUUAAAUACCAGGAGAUUUAUUGGACUGCAGGUUGUAUCAGAAGGGCUUAGUUUUUUUUUAUUGAAAAAAACUGGUUGUAAUAUUUGAGAUUUUUAUUAAAAUGUUUUGGUAAAAA